AGUGCAUCACCACACUCGUCUUGUCGCCCGCCUUGUGCUCUCGCGUCAGCGUCCAAAGAUGAGCGCGCUGCGCAGCAAGGAGCGGCAGCGCAAGCGAGCCUGGCUCCGAUUGAUCGGAGCUUUCCCCUUGGGACCGGGCAUCGAUGAUGGCGGCGGCAGCAGUGCAUCGUCUGGGCCCUCGCCGCCUCGUCCCCCACUGUCGGUUCAGGCCAUCGACGCCAGCUUGGGCGCAAUCACGACAGACGACGUCUGGGUCUGUACGGCUGUGCUGGAUGCGGUGGAGAGCUUUUCGUCGCCACUGGCAGACUCUGACAAUGGGACGCUGAGACACCUGCUCGAUGUCGGGAUAGCGGCGUCUGCAAGGUCUCUGACACCGGACAGCGAAAGCGAGGGGCGAUCGCUUCGAAGAGCCCUCGUCAGACGAUCACGUAUGCUCGAUGUCUGGGAGAGAAUGCAGCGACGGCGAGCGACAGGACAGGCCACCUCGAGCAAGACCUUGCAGGCGCCGGAAGGAGAAGAGGAAGACGAUCCUUGGGCCGAUGAGGCGGAGGUUGCAGCGUUACCGGGGAUGGAAGAGCACGCCGCAAGCAACACCACGUCAGACGCCCUAGCAUUCAUCAACAAAAAUCCCUUGCGGCUGGCUGUCGAGCUGGCAGUGCGGUUCGAACCUGAGAAGCUUGACGACUUCCUCGGGGCUGCCGAGGGCACGAGCCUAUAUGCGGGGGUGGCGAGGUGCAGGCUUGACCUCGUCCGCCUCCUUCUCGUCAGCGGGGCGACGGCAGGGAGAGACUUGAGCGCACUCAAAGACACCGACGUCCUACUGCGCUGCCAAGAUGAUCAGGAGGCGGGUCGGUGGGUCGAAACGAGUCAGGACCAUGGCGACGCUGAUGUAGGGCCGGAUACGGAAGGGAGGGAGCUCGCUGGGUCGCUUCAAGAGCUGGAAGACGGACAGAGAUUGAGCCGCGAAGAGCUCGAGACUUUCUACGAGGGAGUGGUGCGAAGCAUCGAAGAAGAGACCGGGUCCAUCGCAGCAGCUAUCCAAGUCACCUCUCUCGCGCCAGCCCUCGGACUGUCGAGCUCCGAGAUCGUGGCGAUGAAGGAAGACCUCGAGUCGAUGCAGAAGUAUGUCGAUGCAACCUCUGGACAGUCCACCGUCUCAACAUCACCGUGGACCCUGAGCCAAUUCAGCAAGACAAGAGAAGAGGCCGCGCUGGACUCCGCUGCUUGCACCCGCAUGGCCUCGCAGUUCAUUCGGUCAUCUGGCAGCAGCCAGGAAGCAGCUGCAGCAGUGAAGUCCGGCGUCGUGCCCUUCUUGGACGGUAUUGUCCGCAGACAAGCAGCACCGAAUCGCACUCCGGAAGAGCUUGUCCAGGUGGGCGUCACAGAAUCGUUCGUCGCCCUCCUCCUCCAUCUGGCCAGCCAUUCGUUCACCCCGAGCAAGGUUGAUGGCCUGACUCUUACUCGGUGGCUUCUUGAGGCUCGUGAUGGCGACCUUGGACUGUCGUUGAGCAGACACGAGCGGGCAAAGGUGGCAAUGGCCAGUGUUCUUGGGCAGCAGGGAGCAAACGCUAGAGUGUUUGACGAGAUCGGAAGGAUUCUGGCCACUUCGUCCCUCUCAUCAUCUCAAACAACUUCAUCGCCUCCACCAAGGACUCUCUUCGACGUCGCCGGACCAGUGCUGGCGACUUCGUCAGCGGUGUCGUCGAAAUGCGAUCCAGCAACGGUGUACCCCUUCUUAUCGAGCGUUGACGAGAACGCCCUGUCCUACUACGUGGGACGACUCGUGAGGCAUCUCGAGGCCGCCAGAGUCUUUCUCCGAUGGACAGACUCUGCCUCGCCGACUAGCCUGGCUUGGUUCACACAGGCCGACUCGAAGAGGGAAGAACAGAUGAAAGGGGUCACGAAGCUUGCGAGAACGUUCAGCAGGUCGCAGCAGCGGACAGGCAACGAUUGGAGCCAGCUUUGGGGUGAACUCAGAGGGCUGGUGGGACACGGACAGGCCUUGGAACUCAUCGAUGUGCAGAAGGUCGACGAGAUUAUUCUUGAGGCAAUCUUGCGGACUGGAGACCUGUCUCUCUAUCGCACCAUGCACUCGACAUCGUCGCUCUCCACAGCAGAGAAAGACGAACUGAUUCUGGCGGCGUCUCGCGAGCUGUACGACAACAGCACAAACCCAAAUCUGCACACGGGAAGCAUGAAGACGGCCUACGACGUCCUCGGUCUCGGCUCGGCCGACUCGGAUUUGCUCAAGCGGGAGAGAGCGUUCAUCGAGGCCACUUCGCGCUUCUGCUCCUUCCGAGUGAGCUCGAAGCUGCACCCCUCGGUCCCGCUUGCGCCCAUUGAGAUCCGUCUAGAAAGCAAUCGUCUGGAUCUCCUGGCCAGGCUGCUGGCACAGAAGGAGGAUGCAUACAAGACGCCAGACUUGAUUCUCGACCUGGCCAAGAAGUUGUGCAACGUGCCUUCGCCAUCUUCAGCACCCGACGCGAGCAGAGAGUCGUCGCAGCAGAACUUGACGCCCAAGGCCAUCAUUGAAGUCAAGACGCUGGCCAUGCUUGCCGAUGCGGCCACUGCUGCAAGCGACUAUGAGCGGGCGAACGCGCUAUGCGAGAGGCUUGUCGCAAGCAUUCUCGCGCUCAGGAAGCGUGCUCAGGCUGCGAGUGCGCACCACGCCAGGACAGCAUCGCAGGGCGGCAAUGGGAUCGUCAGUGAAGACGAAAGGGUUAGCGAGAGCAGCGGCAGCGGCAGCGGCAGCGCACCAAUCCCCAUCGAAGAAGCCGAGGAUAUCGGCUGGAAGACGCUGCUCCAGGUGACAAAGGAUCCAUCGUGGGACAAUGUCGCGCUUAAGCUCAAGCUCAUGGGCCAGGUCUUGUCACUGUGCCCGCCUGAGAGGCUGGAGCAGCUGCUGCAGACUUGGAGGAAACUUGAUCAGGAAUACUCAGACCUCGUCGAAAGGGAUCCCGCGGCUGCGCAGAAGAUGCUGCUUCAACAGAGCGGCUCAGUCGAGCAAGGGGCGGAUGGCAAGGGUGGCUUUAUGGUGGGCAACGCUGCGGCAGGUAUCCUGGGACUAGGCGCAUCAGCAGCGGCCGCUGCUGCCGCGGCCGCAGGUGGCAACCUCCCAUCGGGCAUCAUGGAGGGUGCCACGUCGCCUUUCAGCGCUCUCUUUGCCAGCGCGGGCUUGCGUUCGAACAGUUCCAAGUCUGCGCUAAAUCGGGACUCCAAACCUUCCCAAGCUGCCGGCCAACAGCAGCAGCAACCCCAGCAGCGAGAGUAUGGCCGGGCGGCUCAGCUCUUUGAUGGAUUGGGGGGCGACGAGAGGGGCACCCGAACAACGAGCGGCGGUGGCCUCUACCUGGACCCAGCGGAGAGAGCGGCACGUGCAGCGCGCAACUUUUUCGGCACCUUUUCCACAUCAUCGUCGCCUUCCUCGUCGACACCACCAACGCAACGGCAAGGCCACGAGCAGGAGCCUGGAGGCGAGGGUGGCGGAGGCUUCAGCCUGAGCAGAGGCGUUGGAUGGUUGAUUGGAGAAAACGAUGAGAGAGCGAGGAGAUGAUGUAAAUUACACAAAAACAAGGACAAUAGGGGAGUUUUUCUCUAUCUUCCUUGUAAUAGCAGGGAGAGCAACAGCACCCUUGUGACGUUGGAUUGGACCAGCCUUCCGGUCAUCAGAGGUAUCUGCGGUUGCUGGCCGGUUGAAACCGAGAGGGAAUGUUCGUUCUGUACAGGUCGUGGUAGUCAGUGCUGCUGCCGUCGUCGCCACCUAGCAUCGGCGCCUGCGAGCUUGCCGCGCUGCCUUGGUUCAGCUUGUGGGAUGAAACUGGCAGCGCUUUCUCGUAGCCCCUUGUCAUCCGCGCCUCAGCCGGCUGUGGGUCUUCAACAAAGUUUGCC